AAUGUUUAUGUUUUUAUAGGCAAUUUGAAAGUUGGAAAGAAGGAUUUUAAGGUCACUUCUGAUUUGCAAAGAUUGUUGAGGAUCUGAGAGCUGCAGGCGGAGGUGACUGAAUGGGACACCCUUUUGGAGAAAUAAAAAUGACUUCUGCCUGUGUGAUCGCCGUGUUUGCCCUGAUGAGCUCCUGUUUGGCAGCUGCAGGUCCGGAGCCCAGGGCCCAGUGCGAGCUGUCGCCCGUCAACGCCUCCCACCCGGUCCAGGCCUUGAUGGAGAGCUUCACGGCCUUGUCGGGGUGCGCCAGCAGGGGCACGGUCGGGCUGCCGCAGGAGGUGCACGUCCUGAACCUCCGGGCUGCCGACCCGGGGCCCGGCCAGCCGCAGAGGGAGGUCACCCUGCACCUGAAUCCCAUCUCCUCCGUCCACAUCCACCACAAGCCUGUCGUGUUCCUGCUCAACUCCCCACGGCCCCUGGAUUGGCAUCUGAAGACAGAGAGGCUUGCGACUGGGGUCUCCAGACUUUUCUUGGUCUCUGCGGGUUCUGUGGUCCACUUUUCACCAGGAAACUUCUCCUUGUCAGCAGAAACAGAAGAAAGGCCCUUCCCCCAUGGAAAUGAGCAUCUGCUAAACUGGGCCCGAAAGGAGUACGGAGCAGUCACUUCGUUCACCGAACUCAAGAUAGCGAGGAACAUUUACAUUAAAGUGGGGGAAGAUCAAGUGUUCCCUCCCACGUGCAACAUAGGGAAGAAUUUUCUCUCCCUCAAUUACCUUGCCGAGUACCUUCAGCCCAAAGCUGCAGAAGGCUGUGUGAUAUCCAGCCAGCCCCAGGAUAAAGAAGUGCACAUCAUUGAGUUAAUCACCCCCAACUCUAACCCCUACAGUGCUUUCCAGGUGGAUAUAGUAAUUGACAUAAGACCUUCCCGAAAGGAACCUGAGGUGGUCAAAAAUCUCAUCCUGAUCUUGAAGUGCAAGAAGUCUGUCAACUGGGUGAUCAAAUCUUUCGACAUUAAGGGAACCCUGAAAGCUGUCGCUCCUAACAGUAUUGGCUUUGGGAAAGAAAGCGAAAGAUCCAUGAUCAUGACCAAGUCAGUGAGAGACGACAUCCCUUCAACCCAGCAGAGUCUGGUCAAGUGGGCUUCGGACAAUGGCUACAGCCCCGUGACGUCAUACACAGUGGCUCCUGUGGCUAACAGGUUUCAUCUGCGGCUUGAAAACAAUGAGGAGAUGAGCGAUGAGGAAGUCCACACCAUCCCUCCUGAGCUACGGAUCCUGCUGGACCCUGGCGCCCUGCCGGCCCCGGACAGCCCGCCCCUCCGGGGAGGGGGAGGCCGGAACGGAGGCUUCCCCUUUCCUUUCCCCGAUAUCGCCAGGAGAGGCCGGCAGGAUGGGGGAGAGGACGGGGUCCCUCGGCCAAAGGACCCUGUCAUGCCCAGCUUGCAGCUGUUUCCUGGUCCCAGGGAGCCCGAGGAAGCGCAGGGGAGCAUGGAUGUUGCCCUGUCUGUCCGAUGUGACAAUGAAAAGAUGACUGUGGCUGUAGAAAAAGACUCUUUUCAGGCCAGUGGCCACUCUGGGAUGGAGCUCACCUUGUUGGAUCCUGCCUGCAAGGCCAAGGUGAAUGGCACCCACUUCAUUUUGGAGUCUCCCCUGGACGGCUGCGGGACGUGGCACCGGCGGUCAGCGCCUGACGGCGUGGUUUACUAUAACUCUAUUGUGAUGCAGGCCCCAACGCCUGGGGACAGCAGUGGCUGGCCAGAGGGCUAUGAAGAUCUGGAGUCGGGCGAUAAUGGGUUUCCGGGAGAUGUGGAUGAAGGAGAAACUUCCUUCUCCAGCCGCCCUGAAGUCGUGGUGUUUAAUUGCAGCCUGCGGCAAGUGAGGAAUCCCAGUAGCUUCCAGGACCCGCCCACCAGAAAUGUCACCUUCAACAUGGAGCUGUACAACACUGACCUCUUUCUGGUGCCCUCCCAGGGAGUCUUCUCGGUGGCCGAGAAUGGGCACAUUUAUGUUGAGGUGUCUGUGACUAAGGCUGACCAAGAACUGGGGUUCGCCAUCCAGACGUGCUUUAUCUCUCCGUAUUCGAACCCCGAUAGGAUGUCUGAUUACACUCUCAUUGAGAACAUCUGUCCUAAAGAUGAAUCCGUGAAAUUCUACAGUCCCAAGAGAGUGCACUUUCCUAUCCCGCACGCCGAGAUAGACAAGAAGCGCUUCAGCUUUGUGUUUAAGGCCGUCUUCAACACCUCGCUGCUCUUCCUGCAGUGUGAGCUGACGCUGUGCACCAAGAAGGAAAAGGACCCGCAGAGGUUGCCUAAGUGUGUGCUCCCCGAUGAAGCCUGCACCUCGCUGGACGCCUCGAUGAUCUGGGCCAUGAUGCAGAAUAAGAAGACGUUCACCAAGCCCCUGGCUGUGAUCCACCACGAAGUACAAUUUAAAGAAACAGGUCCAGGCGUUAAGGAACCGAAUCCAGUUUCUCCACCGAUUUUCCACGGCCUGGACACCCUAACCGUGAUGGGCAUUGCGUUCGCGGCCUUUGUGAUCGGAGCGCUGCUGACGGGGGCCUUGUGGUGCAUCUAUUCUCACACAGGAGAGACGGCAGGCAGGCAGCAGGUCCCCACCUCCCCGCCAGCCUCGGAAAACAGCAGCGCGGCCCACAGCAUCGGCAGCACGCAGAGCACGCCCUGCUCCAGCAGCAGCACCGCCUAGCCCGGCCCUGCUCCCGCCUAGCGCGGGCCUGGCGGCCCGUGCCCUGGGUCCAGCCCGCAGGCUCCGACGGCUUAAUUGUGGUUCCCUUGGAAAGAGAGUGAAUUUCAACAUACAGAUCACCUGUUGUGUUCACCACCCCCUACCCAGGGCCAAUACAAAUGUGGGCCCUGGGCUUCUGCCACACACUAGGAUUCAUCCGAGAAAGCUAAGGUGGUGGCCUUCUCCACCCGUCCCUCACAGGCUUGGGGGUUUUCAAUGUGAAACACAUGCCAGUUUUUAAGAUGCUGCUUUGUCCAGGUAAGAACGUCCAUUGUUUGGGGCCCUGCAUGUUACCCGGACUCUAGGAGCUGAUAAAGGCAAGUAGCCAGAUAGGAGAACCCAUGAGGUGAUGCGGCCAGAGAUCCUUUUACAAUUGGACCAAGAGGUAAAACAAAAGAGAUGCUUCAGGACUUCCUCAGUGUGCUCCCCCAUGUCUGCCUUGCACCUUCUGGAUGCACACUUCUGGCCUUGCUGCCACACCUUGUGAGGAGUGACGUGUGGGCUGGACGGGUCCUGCCCUCAGCGGCUGCAUCCUGACACACGUCAAGGCAACAUUCCUUUCUUAUUCCCCGGGGCCAAAACCAGUGCUGGCUUCCUCAUCAGCCUCCUUCUUCUCCCCACCAACAGCAAAAAUGUCUUAAUGCAAGUAUUGUAUUUCUCUAUAGGCAUAUAGAAAUUGAAAAUGACCAAAACCUGGGACUGCAGAUUUGUGCCCAUUUAUGACAUUGUAUUCUGAUAAAUUAAUGUAUAAGUUGGGGCAAAAUCCAGUUGUAAAGUUGAGGAGGAAUUUGCACAGCAAUGUACGUGCCAGUACAAGUAUAGGAAAUGUCAUUUGGCGCAUUCUCUGAAGAAGAGACAAUUCGUUUCCGUUUUAAAAACGUCCUGUGCCUUCAAGGUUGGAACUUACUCUUAAAUCUAUUUGGGAGAAUUAGCGUUUCCAUGCCAAACCUGACAACCUUUUUAAUAGACCCUUUUCUAAGAACCAAGCUCCUGUAAGAUGAGGAUGUAUGGCAGACCCUUUCGGGUUCCGGCUGGUUAUCUGAACAGCGUCACCGGUUCUGCCAAGAAGGCGCUGAGGUGACGGGAGGGGCGCUCACUUGGGUUGCUUUAUGUCUCUUGCCUUGAAUGUAUCCCAGAAACUCAAAGAGGGAUUUGAGGUGAAUUUUAUUAAAAUCGAAUAAUAUGAUGCCACUUUGCAGCUAAAAUAAGCUCAACUGAUACCUGUAUGUUAAGAAAGAAUGCGGAGGGAAGUUCCAUGUCGGAUUAUUUACUACUGAGGAGAGCUUCAUUGCAAAUAAAUAUUAUUCUUUUCCCAGAAUUCCCUCCAAACAACUCUACAAAUAGAACAGGCAAAAUUCAUAAGCGAAUCUCACUGCCCUUAAACUAAGGAAGCUGUACUUAGUUCUCUGUGGAGAGAGCCUUAAGUAGGAAAUGUUGGUGAUGCCCAGGACUUGAAGGCAACAAACAGGUGGAGGUGGGCGAUCAUUGGUGCCUCAUCACAGAGUCAUGCUGUGGUUGAUUUGACAGUUACAGAUAUUCGAUCAGGAUAACUUUAACCAGAACAAAUCAAGGGCUAGGACUUCCAGGCUAUCUACAUUGAUAAUUUUACAGAUUUCCACAUACAAGUGAAGAUACAAGCUUAGGAAAACAUUUCCCUUCAGUGAACUUUUUUUCAACAUAAAGGUAUCAGAGCGGAGGACCUAGAUUACGCUACCUGUGUUUGAAAAUAAUGCGCUUUGCCUAACCUUCAGCAGAAUGUAUUGUUUUAGCAUAUUCUAUGUAUAAGAAAGUUUAAAGAUGUCUUCAAAGAAGACUAGAGUCUUUAAGUCACUUAUAGCUAUAUUUUACUACAAAAAUCUGUGUCUAAAGAUAUAUUUAAGUGUUUUAGAUAAAUUUAAGUUACUCCAUAUGAAAUGUUUAAUUACAGUUACUGUGAACUCUUUUGAUCAGUUCUUUGUGUUAAAAAAAAACCCUUUCCAUCCUAUUAAAAAGAAAAUCAGCUAUUAAGAGGUUUUAAAAGACCCAGCUCUUAGAUGGACAGGGUUAAGACCUUUUGUAAUAUAUUUAAAUAUAUAUUUUUGAGAGAGAUGCUACAAUGCCAAUGAUUUUAUAAAUAAUUUAAAAUUAACUGACAAAUUUAUAGAUGCAAACCAAAAGAUUUUAAAAGAGAGAGAAGAAGAUGAUCAAUUUUUGUUUGUUUGGGUUUUGUCAUCCAGAAGUAUUUACUCAGAUCAAGAAAUCCAUGUUGAUGAAACCUGAUUCCAUGUUAAUUGGAGAGUGAAUGUCAUGAAAUAGUCCUGAAAUGUCUCUAAAAAAUGAACAUGAAAAAAAGGGUGUUUUCCCCCUCGCUUUCUGUUACAGCAUUUCCAGUGGCUUCAUACUUCACGGUUUGAAUACACAGUAUACGCUCUGCUUUAUCACACAUCCUGCAAGUUGCUUUAAGAUUGUUCUAUUCCAGUUAAACCCUCUCUCUGCAGAGCCCUUUGUGACUUCUGCAGGCUGCACCCUUAAUUUGCAGAGGCCGUGUUGUUUUUGUUUGUCUGAUGCUAAAGAUACUGUUGAGAUGCUCUAAACGCCAAGGCAGAUCGUGUGUGGUUCUCCUGUAGCUCUUCACCGUGUGGUGUUUACCAGCUGUUACUCUGUGUGUUAAAAGUCAGAUUCCUUCUGCCUAAGCUGUUUCUAUAGCAUUUUCUAAACAAAACAAACACCAAAAAAGGCCUUUUCUUUGUCCGUAGUGAGAUGGUGAACCCGUUCCGUGUGUGUGUUCUGCAGUGGGCGUGACUGCGAGUGUGUGUGGGGGCGCGCGCACGCGCGCCGGCCUUUGUGCCCUGUAACUACCUCAUGGUUUGAGUGGUGGCUGCACUGCUGUUGUGUGAACAGAGCACAUUUGCUGGGUGAAUCGCGUGUGUGGUUUCUCCCUGUUUGUUCUAGCUGGGGGCUGUUCAUGAAACUGACAGAUGUUUUUCUAAAAAGGAUUAUUAUCAGUUUCCAAAUGCAAUACUUUUCUCUUCUGGUUUUUCCUGAAUGAGCCUGAUUGCGUUGCUGUUUGCAUCGUCUACGAGGGUAAAAGGAGUGCCCUUAGAAUCGCUGUGGCCAGUCUGAACACCCCUAUUGGACUCUUUUCUCUGUUCAGUGUGUCGGCAAUUUUGUGAACAUGCUUAGAUGUAUGCUUUUGAUAACCACAGUUUUAAGUCCUUUAUCUGUGCAUAAUAAAAAGAUAUAUCAAGUA